AUGGGUUUAGGUAAAACAGAAUGGGAGGAUAUCCAAAUUAAAUUGGGUAAUAUGGAGGCUCCUCCAAAACAAUUAACUGAAGAUGAACUUUUCGAUUUAAUUCAAGAAGCUGCUGAAAUGGCCGCCGACGCUGAAAAAAAUGAAAAGUUAGAAAAUGCCUCAUUGGAACAACUUAAAGAAAUGGAAGAUGACGAAGAUGAAGAAACUUUAGAACAAUUAAGAAAAAAGAGAAUCGCCCAAAUGAAAGCCGAUGCAGAAAAAAACAAAUUUGGUGAAUUAUAUCAUAUUUCAGAACCAGCAUACAAAUCAGAAGUUACAGACCAAAGAGGUAUUAUGGUAGUUGUUCAUCUUUUUAAACAAGGUAUUCCACAAUGUCAAUUAAUUAAUCAACAUUUAGAUAUUUUAUCAAAGAAAUUUAAAGCAACUAAAUUUGUAAAAAUUAGAUCAGAAGAAGCAAUUCAUAAUUAUCCAGAUAAAAAUUUACCAACUAUUCUUGUAUAUUUCAACGGUGAUAUUGUUGGUCAAAUUAUUACCUUAAAAGCAACUGGUGGUGAUUCAACUACAGUUGAUGAUAUCGAAUGGCAACUCAAAAAGGCACAUGCCAUUAAAAGUGAUCUUAAUGAAGAUCCAAGAAUCUCUGCAGCUAAAAAGAAAUCUCAAAAAUCACGUUAUUCUUCAAAUGCCAGAGUUGAUACCGAUUCUGAAGAAGAAUCAGACGAUUAA